AUGGACACAACCAUGUGUCUCGGCGUGGAGGGGGUCAAAAAGACCAUCCUGUAUGGUGGCACUGGGGAGAUACCUACCUUCAUCACUGGAUCUAAGGUGAAGUUCCACUUCCGUACAAUGCUGUGCAAUGAUGACCGUACGGUAAUUGAUGACAGCAAGAAGGUGGACAUGGCCAUGGAAAUAGUGAUCGGCAACAUGUUCAAGCUGGACAUCUGGGAGACCCUGCUCGCCUCCAUGAGAAUUGCAGAGGUCUCCGAGUUCUGGUGUGACAUCACGCACACUGGCAUGUACCCCAUCUUGUCCAAGAGCAUGCGGCACAUCGCAGAGGGCAAAGACCCGACGGAUUGGCAUAUCCACACCUGUGGCAUGGCCAACAUGUUUGCCUACCACACCCUGGGCUACCCCGACCUGGACGAGCUGAUGAAAGAACCACAGCCCCUGAUCUUUGUGCUUGAGCUACUCAAGGUGUCCCAGCCGAGUGAGUAUAACCGUGAGACCUGGGCCCUAUCAGAUGGAGAGAGAGUGAAGGCCGUGCCCGUGCUCCACGCCCAGGGCAACAAGCUCUACAAACAGGAGCGCUACGACGAGGCCAUCCAGAAGUACAAGGAGGCCAUUAUUUGCGUCAAAAAUGUACAAACAAAGGAGAAGGCAUGGGACGUCCCAUGGAUGAAGCUCGAGAAGAUGGGGAACACGCUCACACUAAACUACUGCCAGUGUCUGCUCCGCACAGAAGAAUACUAUGAGGUCAUUGAGCACACCACAGACAUCCUAAACAAGCACCCAGGCACCAUGAAGGCCUACUACCUGAGGGCCAGGGCCCACAUCGAGGUGUGGAACGAGGCGGAGGCUCGGGAGGACUUGGACAGGGUGCUGGACCUGGAGCCUGGCAUGAAGAAGAUGGUGACGCGGGACCUGGGCGUGCUGAAAAUGAGGAUGGAGGGGAAGAACGAGGAGGACCGCCAGAAGUACAGGGGCAUGUUCGAGAAGAAACGGCAGCAAGAGAUGGCGCGCAACGCGGAGGCUGAUGAAGAGGAACAACAGCAGGAGACGGAGCGCAGCACAGGGGCGGAUGAAGUGGAGCAACAGACCGGAGAGUCGGAAGUGUCCGACACACACCAGACGUGA